AGCUCACUUCGCGUGGGGGACUCCAACGACUUCGCCUCGGUCUGGGAAUCGAUUGUAAUUCCUGCCCUUACUGACCUCCUCCAACAAUACUGCGACUCUGACUUCGCGGUCGACGUACACAACUUCCCUGAGCUCUCCACAGAUGCCGUCCCCCGUGUGAUCUACAUCACACUGAGCGACCAUGAAACCAUCCGUACCGAGCUUGCCCACGCAGUUCCCACUCGCUUCCACCCCAUCUACCUCAAGUUCCGUAGAGGUGGUCCCCAGAGAUCCGGGAUGUGGUGGGGCCAGGAAAGAGGCGACCAUGAUGACAUUUGUGAGCCUUGCAACAUCACUUACCGUCCCGCCCCCAUAAUGGGCAUCUCGAUCGGUCCAGUCCAAGUAGCCGACGCUGCUUCACUCGGGGGCUUCAUCAAAAUCGGCUCUGAGCUGUAUGCCAUGAGUGCCGCUCACGCCUUUGAGGAUGCUGUCAAAAAGGGGCACGCCCGCGUUCAUCACCCAGCUAAACCCGACUUCCCCAAGAUCACGCCUAGUGAUCCUCGCGCGAAACAAUACGUCAUUGGGACUGUGGCUAUGAAGACGCCGUCUGGGACACUUCGUCCAUCGCUUACCUUUCAGAACACGAAUUUCUCGGCGGAACGCACCAAGGUUGAGAUGGACUGGUGUCUCAUUGGACCGGUGAAAAACGGGAAGAACAUAAUCUCGGUGCCCAGUUUUCAAAUGGAUCGGUGCGUUGCUGUGGAGCAGACGGCGCCCGUUGAGGGGAACACCGAGGUUUAUGCCAUGGCGAGGACAAGCGGGUAUUCGCUUGGUUUUGUUACUCCCCUUUCAAGCACCCGAGGGACAGUCGAGCUAGUGCGCCUUGGUGAGCUAUGGUCUUUAUGUCUUCUGUUUCAUCUGACUGACCUUAUUCAUAGGCAAACGUUGAAGCAAUGGGUGACUUCGGGAAUGGGGGUGCCCGGAGACUCGGGGGCAUGGCUGAUGCGGCGCUCUGACAAUGCGGUCAUCGGGCUCAUCUGGGGACGCAACCAUGACUAUGGUGAUCCCCUCGAGCGAGUUCGUCUGACCUACUUCACCCCCAUGGUGGAUAUCCUCAAAGAUGUCUCGCUACCCAGCUACUCGGCCACAGAUCUGGCACGGGCUUCUGAUAGCCAGCGUAGCGCAGUGCACUUGGAUCCAUCUCGAGACCCGUGGAAUGCCCUGGCAUCAGAUGUGAUUCAGCAGCAUCGCCACACCCAAGAGGACCUCAUCAGGGAUCAUUUCGUCGACAAUAACAUCCCUCCCUCUGGCGCAGUGUUCGAUCGCCCACCACCUGCCGAGUCUGGUCUCAGUCUGAUGGAGAGUUUGUCUGAGCCCAUUGAGGCAUCUGUUCUCGCAGCAGGUCGUCAAACACUGCCACCUUAUAGCGAGGGCCAUUACUCAACGUCAACUUUGCGCUCUCAAGAUCGAUUGCUUCUUGGAAUCGGGGAAAGCGUAUCAGUGCCCGGUCUUUCCAGCUCAUCAUCCAUCCAUUCGAGUGUCGGAUCCAUGGGUGAACCUUUUGAUGCUAUAUCCGCUGGAAAUGGAGUGCACAUUGUCGAAGAACAAGGUGUGCACGAAGACAUCAUCGAGGUCGAAGAGCCUGUCAGGUCCAAAGCCUGUUUUACUGCUGCGAACCCCCCCGCCUUUCCAAGGUUGAGCUUCGUUCGGCCGUGA